UGAUCUCCGCAAAACUGGCACGACGGCCUCCAGCCCCUCCUCCCUUCUGUCACUGGCCGGCCCCAAACCCUAACCCUAAGCCCAGGGAUCUAAAUGGAGUCACGGAGAUCGCUUCGCCACCGGCUACGCCUCCUCGCCCUCGCCAUUCUCUCAGUCCUCUACCGGUCGGCCCCCUGGCGCCUCCUCUCCUUGGUCGCCCUGUGGGAUUCCGUCCUCCACCUCGCCUUCCUCUUCCGUGGCCUACGCCCCGUCACCCUCGACCUCGGCCACUCCUGCGUCCAUCUCUGGGUUCCCGCCCCAGCCCGUGGCCGCCCCAGAAAGCCGGCCCUCGUCCUCGUUCACGGCUUCGGCGGCAACUCCAGGUGGCAGUGGGAAGGCCAGAUCGGGCCCCUCUCCCGAUCCUUCGACCUCUACAUUCCCGACUUGGUCUUCUUCGGCAACUCCCGAUCCGCUAGCCGCGACCGGUCCUUGGGCUACCAGGCGUCGUGCAUCGCCGAGGCAAUGCAGCGGCUCGGCGUCGCCCGGUACUCCGUGGUGGGGAUCAGCUACGGCGGGUUCGUGGCUUUCCGGAUGGCGGAGGGACCGGCGGCGGGGGCCGUGGAGCGGGUGGCGAUCCUCACCGCCGGGAUCUGCUUGACGCCGGAGCAGCUGAGGGAUUUUGCGGCGAAGGAGGAGAGGGACGUCUGCGAGCUCCUCCUGCCCCAGAACGCGGAGGACCUGAUGAACCUCCUCCGCCGAUCCAAGUACCGCCACCCCAAGUGGAUCCCCGCCUUCUUGCUCCAAGAUUUCAUCGAGGUGAUGUAUAGGAAUCAACGGAUGGAGAGGUCGGAACUGCUGAAAAAACUUUUAGAAAAGGGAAUUGACCUGGACCCAAUUCCUGUUCUUAAUCAGGACACACUUAUACUAUGGGGUGACAAAGAUGAUAUUUUCCCUCUCCCACUUGCUCAUCAAUUACACAGACAUCUGGGAAAGAAAUCAAGGUUGGAGGUACUCAAAGAUGCUGGCCAUGCAUUGCAACUGGAAAAACCUGAUCAGGUUAACCUCUUGAUUGAACAGUUUCUCAAGGGUGUGUCUGAUAUCAACUUGUAGCCUGUGAUAACAAUGAAAUGCAAGAUUAAAUAUGUUGUUUGGGAGAGGAGAAGAUGUGGCUCCAAGUGCUAACCUCAAGAGCUUUUUAUUUGUAUCAAAUUUGAAAAAGCAAAAAGUUGUCUCCAUUUAUCUA